GAACCCUUGCAGCCGGGACUGCUCUGGGGGCCACUGGAAGAAGAGUCUGUCUCCGAGCAGAAGGGCCAUGGAGUGAAAACAAAGCAGAAGGAGGUACUGAGGGAUAGGGCGUUACCUCUCCGUGACUGAAAAUUUUGAUCAGACGUUUCUUGAUAACUUUCCAGUUUGUUAGAAGAUGCAGGGUGUUUCAAGAGAUAGGAGAUGGUUUAUGCCCUCUCUCUCAGGGACUGUCUCAUCCCCUCACUUGCGGUAGCUGAGGAGGUGCAAAAAGUUAUUAAAAGGUGGAUUAGUAGAUGGGACUUCCCUGGGUCCAGUGGUUAAGACUCCAGCGCUUCCACCGCAGGGGGCGCGAGUUCGAUCCCUGGUUGGGGAACUAAGAUCCCACAGGCCGCACAGCGCAGCCAAAAUGUAAAAAAAAAAAAGGUGGAUUAGUAGAGUGUCAGCAAUGAUGACGAAAGUCAAGAGCAAAGGUUUUUGGAAUUAAAAAGCCAUGGGGAGACUUCCCUGGUGGCGCAGUGGUUAAGAAUCCACCUGCCAAUGCAGAGGACACGGGUUCGAUCCCUGGCCUGGGAAGAUCCCACAUGCUGCGGAGCAACUAAGUCCGUGCGCCACAACUACUGAGCCUGCGCUCUGGAGCCGGCGAGCCACAACUACUGAGCCCAGACGCCUAGAGCCCGUUCUCCACAGCAAGAGAAGCCACCCCAAUGAGAAGCCCACGCACCACAACGAAGAGUAACCCCUGCUCGCAGAAACUAGAGAAAGUCAGUGCGCAGCAAGGAAGACCCAAUGCAGCCAAACAUAAAUAAAUAAAAUAAAUAAAUUUAUUAAAAAAAAAAAAAGCCAUGGGAUCAAAUCCCAGCUUUGUCACAUAGCUAGUUAGAUGGCAUGCCUCGUUUAACUCAUAUGUAAAAUAAAAGAAUGGCCGUUUCCUUUAUUUUAAUUCUCCAGGAUUAUUUGGAGCAAAAGAUGAAAAAGCACAGUUUGGUGCAGCGGGGCAGGCUGGAGGGUGAGGGAAACGUGGCCCCAGUGCGGAUCAGCGAGAGGCUCCACCUGCAGGUGUACCGGGUCGUGCUGCCAGGUUUUGAGCUGCUGAUGUGGCCCCAGCCUCCCUCGGAGGGCCUGAGCCCCACCCAGCCCAGGCUAGAGGAAGAGGCAUCCUUGGCUGUGGUGACAGAAGUGGAGUCUGCUGUACAACAGGAAGUGGCCACCCCCGGGGAGGAUGCAGCAGAGCCUUGCACAGAUCCUGGUUACCAGUCACCCACCCGUAUCCAGGCAGUGAGCCCUGGACUUAAGCCCCAAAUCCAGGACCAGGUUUCCAAGGAGAGCCAGCCACUCGGCCCAUUGCCUCAGGAUGGCCGUGUAGACGAGGAGGACCCACCCCAGACCCAGAUGCCACCUGAACCUCAGAGCAGCUCCACUCCCCAGCAGGGCCCUGAGAGCAGUGAGGCCAGUUCCUCAUCUUCUGCCAGGGGCCCCCAGCUGCGUGCUUACCUAGUCAAGAAGUUGCGUAGCCCCAGUGAUCAACGGCCACCCAGAGCGAAGACCUCAGAGCCCGGGGCCCGGCAGAGCGGAGAGCAGCAGCACCCUGGCUUCCCCGCAUGCUUGCGGAGCGCCCCUGGCCCGGUGGGAGGCUCCCUGAAGCGGGGGCGACGGUACCGCUGUGCGGAGUGCGACAAGGCCUUCCUGCAGCUUUGCCACCUGAAGAAGCAUGCGUUCGUGCACACGGGCCACAAGCCCUUCCUUUGCACCGAGUGUGGCAAGAGCUACAGCUCAGAGGAGAGCUUCAAAGCCCACAUGCUGGGCCACCGUGGGGUGCGGCCAUUCCCCUGCCCUCAGUGCACCAAGGCCUACGGUACCCGGCGAGACCUCAGAGAGCACCAGGUUGUACACUCAGGUGCCCGGCCCUUUGCUUGCGACCAGUGUGGCAAGGCCUUCGCCCGCCGGCCCUCCCUGCGGCUGCAUCGCAAGACACACCAGGUGCCGGCAGCCCCUGCCCCUUGCCCGUGCCCGGUGUGCGGGCGGCCCCUGGCCAACCAGGGCUCCCUGCGGAACCACAUGCGGCUCCACACGGGGGAGAAGCCCUUCCUGUGCCCACACUGCGGCCGGGCGUUCCGCCAGCGGGGCAGCCUGCGAGGGCACCUGCGGCUGCACACAGGGGAGCGCCCUUACCGCUGCCCACACUGUGCUGACGCCUUCCCCCAGCUGCCUGAACUGCGGCGCCACCUCAUCUCCCACACCGGGGAGGCCCACCUGUGCCCCGUGUGUGGGAAGGCCCUCCGGGAUCCCCACACGCUGCGCGCGCACGAGCGCUUACACUCAGGCGAGAGGCCCUUCCCGUGCCCCCAGUGCGGCCGUGCUUACACGCUGGCGACCAAGCUGAGGCGCCACCUCAAAUCCCACCUGGCUGACAAGCCCUACCGCUGCCCCACCUGUGGCAUGGGCUACACUCUCCUCCAAAGCCUCAAGCGGCACCAGCUCAGUCAUCAGCCCGGGGCACCCUCCAGCCCACCCUGUGUGCCGCCUGCCACUUCUGAGCCCACCGUGGUGCUCCUGCAGACCGAGCCAGAACUACUGGACACAUGCAGUGAACGGGGCGGAUCCCCAGCCCCGGACGUCUUCGAGGUCACCCUUUCCGAGAGCCAGGAUAAGUGCUUUGUGGUGCCUGAGGAGCCAGGUCCAGCUCCCAGCCUGGUGCUCAUCCAUAAGGACGUGGGCUUUAGCACCUGGGCAGAAGUGGUGGAGGUGGAGACGGGCACCUGACCACCCUCACCUUCCCUCAGCAGAGCUCUGUAUAAAGACUGGUGUUUCUGAGCUUGGGUGUCUGGAUCUUUCUCUUUGGGUUCCCUGAUAGAGACCAGUCUAUGAGAAGCAGGUCAAGGACUUCCCUUCCUGCUUACGGAUGACCACUUUGUUUCCCAAGACUCUUAAUAAGGUAAACCACUUCUAGAUGUAAGAUCUUUUUAUCAGCUUCCGGUAGAGCUUGUCCUGCCACCCUCCCUGGGAACUCCUCAAGGUGCUUGUUCUUUAAACGUUGCAGAAGUGACCCUGCCCAGUGAGGUAGCCAGGUCGCAGGCAGCACUAUUGCCCUGCUGGGGUGCUUAGUGCUGGAAUAGUCACUCCCAUCCAGCUCCCUGAAGGACAAGCAUUUCUAUUUGGAACCAAACGGAAUGACUUGUGAAGGUUAAAAGGCCAGAGACACUCAGCUGACAAGUCUCUGAGUCAGGCAUUAGAUUAUUUUGGCAGCUUUUCUCACCACCGAAGGCCUGUGAGGUUGGUUUUUGUUCUGUGCUGAAGGACACCAGACUCACUGGAGGUGGCUAGGGCAGGUCUGCACCCUUCUGUGUAUCUGGCCAAAGGCAGCCCUGUUGAGGGAAAGAGCUAGGAAUGAACAUGUGUUUCAUGUUUCAUCAGCUGCGGGCCUGGCCUGCCCGAGGUGCUGGGGACGCGGCUGUGGACAAGACAGAGGCAGCGCCCUUUACAGAGCUCAGGUCUACAAGGGGCAAAGAGCAACAGUAAGAGUUUAAAGAGGAGCACUCCCCGGUGCUGUGGAUGUGUUUAAUGGGAUGGGUUAACUUGGGGGCAUCAGGGAAGGUGUCCCCAAGCAAUUAUAAUGAUAAUAAACAGCCUUUGUUGUGGGCCAGUC